UAAUUUUAGUAUGGUUAUCUCGGAGGAGUCGAAGCGAUUUGGAAAAGCAGUUCGGAGGAGGCCCGUCCGGCUGCAUUUCGCCUCCCUAUCCCACUCCCUCCGAGUCUCCCCGUCUUUUCUUCCUGCUCUCCUCUUUGGGGUAGCUUCGGCCGCGGGGCGGUCUCACGCCCCCCCCCCCCUUGCAUUUCCCCCUCCUCCUUUUCUCUGCGCUGCGCUCCACCCCGCUACGUCCGAUUCCGGAACGGUCUGGCCUUUCGGCAGCUGGGGAUGACCACGGGGUGGGCGGGGGUGGCCCAGCCGGCAGGAGCGCACGCGCUGGUGACUGCAGACGCCAGCCUGUGUAAGGAGCUAGAAGUUAGCUUGGAGAGGCGCCGGACCGUGGAUGGCCUUGACUGACGGCGGCUGGUGCCUGCCGAAGCGCUUCGGGGCCGCGGCCGCGGACGCCAGCGACUCCGGAACCUUUCCAGUGCGGGAGCCUUCCACGCCGCCUUCCCCCAUCUCCUCCUCUUCCUCCUGCUGCUCCCGGGGUGGGGAGCGUGGCCCCGGCGGCGCCAGCAACUGCAGGACGCCGCAGCUCGACACGGAGGCGGCGGCGGGACCCCCGGCCCGCUCGCUUCUGCUCAGCCCGUACGCCUCUCAUCCCUUCGGGGCUCCCCACGGACCUUCGGCGCCCGGGGUCGCUGGCCCCGGGAGCGCCCUGUCGAGCUGGGAGGACUUACUGCUCUUCACUGACCUCGACCAGGCCGCGACCGCCAGCAAGCUGCUGUGGUCCAGCCGCGGCGCCAAGCUGAGUCCCUUCGCACCCGAGCAGCCCGAAGAGAUGUACCAGACCCUCGCCGCCCUCUCCAGCCAGGGGCCGGGCGCUUACGACGGCGCGCCCGGCGGCUUCGUACACUCAGCAGCCGCCGCCGCCGCAGCCGCCGCCGCGGCCAGCUCCCCGGUCUACGUGCCCACCACCCGCGUGGGCUCAAUGCUGCCCGGCCUGCCCUACCUGCAGGGGGCGGGCAGCGGGCCUGCCAACCACGCGGGCGGCGCAGGGGCGCACCCCGGCUGGCCUCAAGCCUCGACCGACAGUCCUCCGUACGGCAGUGGAGGCGGCCCGGCGGGCGGCGGGGCGGCGGGGCCCGGGAGCGCCGGCUCCGCCGCGGCGCACGUCUCUGCGCGUUUCCCGUACUCGCCCAGCCCGCCUAUGGCCAACGGCGCGGCUAGGGACCCCGGGGGCUACGCUGCAGCUGGUGGCGGGGGAGCCGGCGGCGUGAGCGGCGGCGGCGGCGGCAGCUUGGCGGCCAUGGGCGGCCGCGAGCACCAGUACAGCUCGCUGUCGGCCGCGCGGCCGCUGAACGGGACGUACCACCAUCACCACCACCACCACCCGAACCCCUACUCGCCCUACGUGGGUGCACCGUUGACCCCCGCAUGGCCCGCAGGACCCUUCGAGACCCCAGUGCUGCACAGCCUGCAGAGCCGCGCGGGAGCCCCGCUUCCGGUGCCGCGGGGCCCCAGCGCAGACCUGCUGGAGGAUCUGCCCGAGAGCCGUGAAUGCGUGAACUGCGGCUCCAUCCAGACGCCGCUCUGGCGGCGGGACGGCACCGGCCACUAUUUGUGCAACGCCUGCGGCCUCUACAGCAAGAUGAACGGCCUCAGCCGGCCCCUCAUCAAGCCGCAGAAGCGCGUGCCUUCUUCCCGGCGGCUUGGACUGUCCUGUGCCAACUGUCACACCACAACCACCACUUUGUGGCGCAGAAAUGCCGAGGGCGAACCUGUGUGCAAUGCUUGUGGACUCUACAUGAAACUCCAUGGGGUGCCUCGACCACUUGCUAUGAAAAAAGAGGGAAUUCAAACCAGGAAAAGAAAACCUAAGAACAUAAAUAAGUCAAAGGCUUGCUCUGGUAGUAGCAAUAAUUCUGUUCCUAUGACUCCAACUUCCACCUCUUCAAACUCAGAUGACUGCAGCAAAAAUACUUCACCUACAACACAACCGACAGCCUCAGGGGCGGGCGCCUCGGUGAUGUCUGGCACAGGAGAGAGCACUAAUCCCGAGAACAGCGAGCUCAAGUACUCAGGUCAAGAUGGGUUGUACAUAGGCGUCAGCCUGGCCUCGCCGGCCGAAGUCACAUCUUCGGUGAGACAGGAUUCCUGGUGCGCCCUCGCCCUGGCCUGAGCCCACUGCCCAGGAGCAGGAGGCCGCAUGGCCUGUGGGCAUUGGGUCAAGCCGGCCACACCAGGGGGAGCAUGCUGAUGGAACAUUCCUCUGAUGCGUGAUUUCUGUGCCUUUACUUUGAAAGAGAUGUAUUUUCCUUUCUUUCCCUCGAGGCCUGCUCUGCCUUACCACCCUACCCCCCGUCUCUGAAGAGCCCGCGAAAAGACCGAGAGCUUCCAGGGAAGGGCUGGUGCAGCCCACAGCCUGUUGCCUCCUCCCUGCCCACGGCCCCUUCAGCCAGCCUGCCUCUGGGCCUGCCAGGGGCACCUCAUGUCUGCCGCGCCACUUCCUGAACCUGGGACUAGGACUGGGGCCUUGCCUGCGAAGGAAUAUUGAGAGAAAUUUUUUUUUUAAAGGUUUUACGUGUAUUGCCCCAAAUCAUGUGCUUCUUCUGAUUGGUUUUGGUUGUUCCAGAAUUUCUUCGUACCUUUUCCACACCUUGAAUUUCACCUGCUUUCAUGGAGAAGACCAUUUGAGGCCAUUUGGUACACACACCUCUGGAGGCUGAGUCAGAACUGUGACUCAGUUCGCAAGACUGCGUUAUGACUAACGUACACUGUGACUGACGUUCUCUCAAAGUGCAUAUUGUGUGACUGAUGUGCAGUCAGUCGGGAUUUGUAAACAGGGUAGCAAACAAGAUAUUUUUCUUCCAUGUAAACAAUAAUUUUUUUAAAAAGUGCAAUUUGCGUUGCAGCAAUCAGUGUUAAAUCAUUUGCAUAAGAUUUAACAACAUUUUUUAUAAUGAAUGUAAACAUUUUAACUUAAUGGUACUUAAAUAAUUUAAAAGAAAAAAAUGUUAACGUAGACAUUCUUAGCCGCCUUCUACAACUGCAUCCCAUUUCUAUAUUUCCAAUUGUGAAAGAAAAAAUAUUUCAAGAACAAAUCUUCUCUCAGGAAAAUUGCCUUUAACCAUCUGUUAAGAAUUUUUAUACAAGAAUACCAGGAUCCCCUCUUCAUUCUUACUGUGGAAUACGUGCUGGAAAAAUUGCAACAAAACUUGACUACCUAACAGAUAACAUUUGUAAAUAUUCUAGGCAUCUACACACACUACGAUGAAGUCUAUAGCAUGACUGACCCACAGGCAGGUUGGUUUACAUUAAUUUUUUUUUUUUAAAUGGGAUGGCGUAUGGAAACAUUUCUCCAAAGUUUCAAAAAUAAAAAGGGUAUUGUUUUGUCUUCUGUA